AUGGCGCAGUGUGGCGCUGUCAUGCUCGCUUUCAUCUGUGGAGCCCAGCUCUGCCACGGCUCUCCGGGCAGCUUCCGCGGCUCCAGCGGCGGCCCCGCCUCGGGCCGCACGGUCUCGGCGAAGGACGUGGAGUCGAGCUUGGGGGCCUCCUUGGAGGCAGUCCUGCAGGGCAGCAGCGGCGACGCGGCACGUCGGCUGUCUCGGAUCGAGUCUGCCAUGUGGCAAACGUUCCAGGCGCUGCCCAAGAACGAGAUGGGGCGCCUGGCGCCGCGAGCGGUGCGCCACAUCGUGCACAGCUACUUCGCGAAGGAGCACGGCUGGAUCAUCAACGGGCUGGAGCCCCACGGCAUGAGCGCGAACGUCUCCGAGGUGCACGAGGUGGACAUCCUGCAGGACAAGGCCCCGGCGUUUGUGGAGGCCCUGCUCGAGUCCCGCCGCGCUGGCCGGGGGCUGUCCCUCGGCGACGUGGUGGCCAUGGCGGCGGCCCUGGAGCGCCUCAUCUUCGACGAGUCCCUCUCCCUGCUGCAGGUGGCCUACGCGCUCAACGGGCAGUCCGCCGCGGAGCGGCUGGGGGCCAGCGAGCUGCACGAGGUGCUGUCGUCCUACCUGAUGAUCUUCGAGAUCGGCGUCCGGACGAACGUCACAGACGUCCCGAGGCACCGCGCCAUGAAGGACGCCGUGGCCAGCGCCGGAGGCAGCUGGCCGCUUCUCGUCGAGUUCGAGCAGGCGGCGGUACACAACUACGACUUCGAGAGCUACCACCGGACCAACCCAUUCGUGGCGCGCCGGUACUCGUUCGGCGAGGCCUCUCGGGUGGUGGAGAGCCUGGCGCAGGACUAUGGCAAGUGGCAGAACACCGAGUGCCGCCAGAUGCGGCAGGAACUGGAGGAGCUGGACCCGGACGGCUCGGGGGCGCGUGCCACUCCGGCCUUCUACUCUCGCGCCAUAGACGGCGGACUACCAGUUCCACGAGUCCGUCGACUACCUCCGGCAGAUCGGCGCGCUGGAUGA